AUGCACUUCUCUCGCUUUUUCGUUGUUUCAGCGGCCGCUGCUACCGGUACUGCUAUGCCCACUUCCGAGUCCUCCGGGACCAACACCUUUGAUAUCAUUGCUAUCCACUCCAGCAGCGGCGUCCAGAACGCCGCCUUCAACGCGGUAAAUGCGGCUAAGAACAGCCUGUUCGCCGGUCUGUCCGACCAGGGUGCCAGCUGUGCCCGUCCUAAGGAGCAGUCCGCCACCUUCUAUAUCCAGGACGGCGCUCUCUACCUCUACGACAUUUCCGCUACUUCCCAGGAGAUCUAUGUCGACCGUUCCGACAUGGGCCAGGGCAAGAUCGGCUAUACCACCGGUGCUCAGCCCACUCCCCGCAACGUUGAGCGUGAGGGCUGGGCCAUCAAGGAUAGCCACCUCGAGUUCGACGGCAGCAGCCUGAUUGCCUGCCCCAACAGUAUCGACGGUACCUGGAGCAUCUGGGCUUCCGCCGGCGUCCAGAAUCCCGGUGGCAACAAGGACUGUGUUGGCGUCGCCGCUCGUGUCAUCUACAGCGGAUUAUAUAAAGAAAACGGAAGAAAGUAA